GCAUCCGGCAUCACCGACGGCGCUUGUUGAUGUUGGUGGUGGUGUUGUUGUUGUCGGUGGUGGCUGAGACUGACGUGAGCCGGGAGGCUGUUGUUGUAGAGGUGGUGGUGUGUAGUAUUACUCAGAAGAGACGAUGAUGGGUGGUGAAGGUGGUGAGGAUGGUAGCUAUUGCUGUUGCUGCUGCUGCUGCUGCUGCUGCUGCUGCUCCUGCUGUUGUUUGUGCCUGUCGUGCUACUGCUAUUGCUGUGACGAUUGUUUGAUCCGGAUGACCCAGUCAUCGAUGCUGCUGAAAGAAGUUUCGUCCUCCCAGGAUCAAGAGGAGAAUCAAGAGGAAGGGAGGAUCCGGUCGGCAGUCCAUGAACCUCAGCAGAGGAGGAAGGGCGCAUAUGGUGGUUUCCAACACCGUGCAGCCCAGGUGUGCCUCUAGACGAAGACGAAGACGAUACACUUAGCCUGUGUGAGGCUGGUCGCCUGCGAAAGUCUCUGUCGACAUCCUUCUCUCCCCUCGUUGGAAAGGUACACUCUGCAGCAGCCUUGGCCCCGGAAGAGCGACACGCCUCGCAGGGCGCCUGGCAGUCAGGUCCGUGUACACACUUGGUCCGCAGUCUCCUGCAUCGUCGACAAGCCACGGUGCCCCGUCGUCGUGGAGGAGCAGUGGCUGCUGUUGGCGUUGCUACAGCGGCAGUAGAUGAUGGAGGACGAGGAGCAGCUUUGUGAUCGCUGGGUGUUGUUGUCGUCGUGGUUGUUGGUGUGACGGGAGACUGGAGGGGGGAAGGGAGCGAG